AUGCAGGCAGUUUUAGAAGAGACACACACUCGCACUGUUAGAUCAUGUGCCUGGUCACCAUCAGGUAAAUUGUUGGCAACUGGAAGUUUUGAUGCCACUACUGCUAUCUGGGAUAAGGUUGGCGAUGAUUACGAAUGCGUGUCCACUUUAGAGGGUCAUGAAAAUGAAGUGAAAAGUGUAUCUUGGAAUGCUUCGGGAUCGCUGCUUGCAACUUGUGGCCGAGACAAAUCUGUUUGGAUUUGGGAAGUUUUGCCCGGAAAUGAGUUUGAGUGUGUUUCUGUAUUGCAAGGACAUACCCAAGAUGUUAAAAUGGUUUGGGCAGAGGAUGGUGACAGUGAUGAUUGGCAUUGUGUGCAGACGAUAAAUGAAUCUAGCGAUGAUGAUCUCACCAUCAAGAUUUGGGGUGCUGAUAUCAUGAAAAUGCAGUCUGGUGAUGGCAUUGCACCUUGGGAAGGAAUAAUUGCUAGUGGAGCAGCUGAUGAUGCUAUACGUCUAUUUGUUCCAGGCGAAAAUGGUUUGAUUGAUGGACCUACCUAUAAAUUGCUUCUGAAGAAGGAUCAGGCGCAUGACAUGGACGUAAAUUCAGUUCAAUGGAGCUCUGCGGAAAACAGGCUACUUGCUUCUGCAAGUGAUGAUGGGACCAUCAAGAUAUGGGAGUUGGCUCCUCCAUCCGGGAAAUAA